AUGUCGAAACCCAAGAAGCCGGGACCCUUGAACAAGGUCCCACGAAGGGAUCCGCUGGCCUCGUUGAAGAUGGCCGACAUGCUCAUCUCAAAGCCAUUACUCCCUCUAGAAAUACUCGCCAAGAUAGUCGACUACCUCGAUGUGCCGGAUCUGCUUCGUUUCGCACGAGUCUCACGCCGUAUGCAGGACAUGGUGUACGAUGAUGCAAAAUGGGUCCAGAGGUUGAGGGAAAUGGGCUGUUGGAAUGAAACAGAGGCCCGCAAAAGAUCAGAGUCUAUAAAACAACCCACCACACCUGGUUUGAGGCAGAAUACAUUGGAUCGGAGCCUCGUCAAUGGGAAAGGCAGGCCAGAGGUACUCUUUGACAUGGGUUCUCCUACCACUACCCAACGACGACAGACAACCUUGAUCUCGCCCAUGCGCCCACAACAAACUACUUCUGAUGGGUUUGAUGUUGCGGAAUUAUCCAGCUCGAAAGUCACAUCAACGCCUUCCCUACCAGUCGAUACUGAGUCGGUAUUGUCGGUGUUCAAAAAUGUCAAAUCACUACGUGGUCAAGCUAGACGCGAGUAUGGGAAGAUCUACAGGUUACUCGGGCCAUACUAUAUCAAUGUCAACACAGUCCCCAAUCCAAUGGAAGCGAGAAUAUUCAGAGACUUUGCGGCGCCUGAACAACAGGCCCAACUCCUUGCGAAUUUGCGAAUCUUCUGCCAGAGCGACUUCUCAACUGCUUCAGUAGACAGAGAAUUACGAAUAAAGACAGCCACUGACAUGUUUGACGCGGCCGCCCUCCUAGAGUUCCGCAAAGGCUAUGAAUAUAAAGACAUCCAAGGACGUAUGAAACAAUACGCCAAGGUGAUGUAUAUCCUCAAUGGUGGAAAAAGCAGCAUUGAGCUUUUCCUCCACGACAAUAACUUGGUGGCUCAGAAGGUCAACCUGGGGAGCGCAUCUGAUUGUGUGGAUUAUUCACUCGGAUCUGGCCAGCUGUCUCUUGAGAGAGUGAACAGUUAUUUUGAAAGACUUGGGACUGCGUUCAGGCAGGAAAUCGCCAUCAUUCAAGCUGCGUUUCCCGAACCAAAAGAUGUCACCAUUCAGAUGAUUGAAGUGGUGGGAAAGGAAAUUUUGUCACCCUUUUUGGCAGAACUCUUUGAAGAUGCGCGUAACCGAGGAAGCUCGAUAUUUUUGCGAACCAUUUCUGGCAGUCUUGCGGCAACAAAACAAUUUCUCCAGGAUUCUGCACUUCCAAGUGAAGCUGCUGACGAUAAUGAGAAUGAUGGAAUGCAUGUUCGAUGCAACGAUGUCCUCCGUGAUAUCUUUGAGCCUCAUCUAGAUACGUACCUGGCAGAGGAGUUGUCUUUCUUCAGGUCAAAGGCAGACUCCGAGGUGGAGAAGUGGGACACGGCACUCUCAGCACAGGCAGCUUCUACGGAGAGUUUUUUGAUGUCGAAUGUCAAUCGUCAAGCAGAUAAGAAGGACUUCUUGUCCUCAUUCAAAAAGGUGGUCAUGAUGCCCGUCAACAUCCUACCUAGUUUUUCUGGCCAGUCACACACAAAACCUGCACCCAAAGCACUCGUCAAUGGGGAUGUUCCUUCGUCUCGAUCAUCAACCCCGAAUCCAUUUAACGCCGGGACAGCUACACCUACAAUCACGAUAUCCGGUGAAGCGCCAACAAAUGAACUUGCUGCCAAAGCCGCUCUCAUGACAACCAAGCUCGAGAAUAUUCGUUCACUCUUCUCAAUCGAAGUGGCACUCAAUCUCGUUCACGCAGCCAAAUCAUCACUAGAAAGAGGGGCACAAUUCAUCAGUCUUGGUGGAGAAGCAGGGGAAUCUGCUCGAAGGCAAUGUUCAGCCAUCUUCGUCCUCCUCCUUCACGCCGUGGGUGAUCGUCAUGUCAAGACUGGGUUCGACAAAGCUAUCGAUCAUCUCUCACACUACAACCCCCGCGAAGCCAGCAUGGAGCAUACAGGUUCAAGCACAGCUCCCGUCCAAGUUGCAGCACUGGUCACGUUUCUGGAGCUCGUCAACGUCGGUGACCUGAUUCAGCAGAUGUUAGACGUCUUCUAUGAGUCCGAACUGGUCCGUCUUCGCAUCUCCAACCGUGACGACUUCCUCGACAUGAACGUCAAAGAGAAGAAGAAAUUCGAGGCCAUGCUUGACGAGCGCGUCGCCGCCGGCCUGAGCAAGGGCAUUGACGUUCUCAUCGACGAAGUCGAAUACGUCUGUGCCACGACCCAACAACCCACCGACUUCUACCCGGAACUCAGUACGGCCAGCAACAUCAACGGAUCUCGCUCCGCCAUAGUGAUGGACUUCUCCGGCCAACCGACCGCAACAGCCUCACGCGUCAUCGGCCUCGUCUCACACCACACAUCGAUGCUCACGGGCGCGACGGAGAAGACUCUCCUGGACGUCUUCACCACCGAAGUCGGGCUGCGCCUGUUCGGGGCCCUGACGAAACACAUCAAGCGGCAACGCAUCUCGACUUCCGGAGCCCUGCCGUUGCUCUCGGACCUCUCGGCGUAUGCGUCGUUCGUGGCGGGGUUCAAGAACCACGACUUGACGUCGUACUUUGUCGCGUUGCGUGAGGUCGCACAGAUCUACCUGAUCGGUGGUGAGAGCGAGCGUGACGUGGCUGAGAUGGCGACCAUCAUCAGUGAUGGUGAGCGCUACAGAGGAGUGUUUACCGUCGAAGAGGUGGUGGAAUUCGCGGAGCGGAGGAGUGAUUGGUUGGUCGUCAAGGGUCGCGUCGAGGGCCGUAUCAAGGGCGAGGGAUGCUAUCUCAUGUGA